AUGACCUACAUCGGAUUGCUUAUUGCAACGGGGAUUCUUUUGCCAAAGUCAACAUCUCUCGGAAGUUUUGUCGGUGCAAUGGUGUUGUCAUACAUUGUCGGAGCAGAGUAUUAUUGCAUGAUAAAUGGACAUGAAGGUCUAGUUAACUUGAAAGAUUUUGAUUUAAUGCAACUAUUUCAUACUUGA